AUUACAACUGUCAAUCUGAUCCCAACGCGCUUGCGCCCAAACUUGGCAAACAUCGUCGUUCUUCCGCGCUCCCCCUUCCUUUCGCUCCAACGGAUAGGCAACCAACCAUUCUACGUCCUUGCCUAUUCUCGUGAGAACCGCAGUCAGACCUGAAAAGCCCUCGUUCUUCUGGAAUAUCACGCAGUAUAGUUCACCGUACUUAGCUCGUCCGUGGGCUCAACUUGUCCUUCACUACUCUCGCAAACUCGUGCAGUAUGAGGCCAAUAGCAACAAAUACCAUCCUUCUUACGAACCUGCCCUCGGUAUGCUUCAAAGAUGACGGAGAGAAAGUCAAAUCCCUGCUCUCUGGGUACGGGAACGUCAAGAGCGCUGUGCUGUUGAAGUCGUUUAGUCGCAUAUUAGCUGUUUUCCAGCGAACAGCAGACGCUCAGCAUGCUCGUCGGGAGCUGCAUUUGAAUCCGAUUUUAGGGCCGGACGUCAGGGUGUAUUACGGCGAGCAUACCGAUGAUACACACCUCCUCGACCCUUCGGCUGGCACACACAUCAAUUAUCUGCAGGUGCCGGAACUUGAACGCAACUUCCUACUGUCGCCUCCCGGAUCUCCACCCGUGGACUGGGUACAAAUACGAGAAGCCGGCCCAGCAUCAGGUGGACACUCCCAGGCCCUUUUGAAUGCGCUGAAAGAGUUGGAACAUGAUGAUUUCAUGUUGGAGAUGGGCGCACGCGAUGAUGGGGAACAGGAUGUGCCUUUAUCGCCCGUCAGCGAGACAUACGAGGAACAUGCACUGAGCCCUGGCCGACAAAUGCUGGUUUUCAAGCCGCCUUCGCUCUCGCUCAGCCCACCCGGAAGCUUUACAAUGCCGGAAUCGUUACCGGUGGUUAUUGUUGAAGAUACGGAGGAGUCGCAAUCUUUCAAUCUCAAAUCCGAAUCUUUACCGGUGCCGACCUUGGGAAUUCCAGCAAUUGUGGGACGACAGCACGGUGGAUUGCCGAAAACAGCGAUGCCACCGGCUCCGUCGAGAUGAGAUGGGACGAGACGCUGCACAGCCAGCAUAGACGUCCCGCAAAUCCUAACUUCGGCAUGCAAUUGCCGCCUUAGCAACAAUUUUGGUAUCGAUAUAAUCACAUGAGUUGAUGUGGGAGCAGUAGCUAGCUAGUCUGUUCUUUCUCUCCCCAGCAUGGCGGUAGGAUCCGUUCACAACCUGCGGAAUUCACACCACACCCCAAGAGACUGCGUACCGCCCUUCUAUGUACUACGCCCUACUGAAUGUUCCAAAUACAGUCGCUUUGUAGGGUGCCACCGCGGCGGUC